AUGAAUGGAGGAGAAGAAGAAGAGAGAGAGACUAAAGAAGGAGCACGGAAGGCAGAGGUGAGGAAGAUGGAGAGAAGAGACACUCAGCUGCUUUGCUCUUUGCUGCUGUGUAUCAUCACACAGGUGUGGUGCCAACUGUGUACUGGGCCAUGUCAGUGCCCACCCACCGUGCUGCGCUGCCCUGUUGGCGUUCCUCUGAUGUUUGACAGCUGCGGGUGCUGCCAGGUGUGCGCUAGGCAGGAGGGCGAGGCCUGCACCGACCGGCUUCCCUGUGACACCCCCCGAGGGCUGCAGUGUGAUUACAGCGCCAGCUUCCCUGGAGGGCCGGGACAGUGUGUCGGUCGUAACGAGCUGGGCUGUGAGAUGAAUGGCAGGAGGCUGGAGGACGGACAAGUAUUUCAACCUUCCUGUGCCCAGCUCUGCCACUGCCUGGGGGGAGGUGUGACAUGCGUGCCCCUUUGCAGCGAUGAUCUGCAGAGGCCCACUGAUAGAUGCCCCAGCCCUCAGCUGGUGCGACUGCCAGGGCGCUGCUGCAAAGAGUGGGUGUGUGAUGGCCUUGACAACAGCAUUUCCUCAAAUCCAUCAACAGCAGAGCAGGCGCGACAGGACAACGGGGGUGGGCUGCCCAACCCGGCGUUUGGCUCUGUCUUCAACUGUAUUGAGAGGACCUCAGACUGGAGCCCCUGCUCCCACAGCUGUGGUCCAGGUGUCUCCACCCGCACCACAAACAGGAACUGGGCUUGUCGCUUGCAGACUGAGACCAGACUGUGCCAGGUCAGGCCAUGCCAGACUCUGCUGCCGGGGCUCCGAAGGCUGCAGCUGGGUUCGGGAGUGUGCGAGAGCAGCUACAUAUCACCUCUGUCCAUUCAGCUUGAACAUCAGGGCUGCUGGAGCACCAGAGCCUACCAUCCCAGGUUCUGUGCCUUGACCUGUCUGGAGGGACGCUGCUGCAGCCCCUCCCACACCAGGACUGUGCAGAUGGUUUUCCGGUGCCCCCAAGGCAUGCUCACCCUGCAGCAGGUGAUGAUGAUUGAGUCCUGCUCCUGCAGCAUCUCCUACUGCCGCCAGUCCCCAGCCACAGCUGCCCGUAGUGCCCUGCCCUGGCUGUGA